GUGGUGUGUUACGGGGCGGGGCGAGCGUCUUGCGGAGUUACCGGCCUGUUGUCCAGGCUCCGCAGACCCUGCUGCCUGUUUUGCACCCCCCCGGCCCGGCCCAGCCCAGCUUCAUGUACCGCGCGCUGUACGCGUUCCGCUCGGCGGAGCCCAACGCCCUGGCAUUCGCUGCGGGCGAGACCUUCCUGGUGCUGGAGCGCAGCAGUGCGCACUGGUGGCUGGCGGCGCGAGCGCGCAGUGGAGAGACCGGCUACGUGCCUCCCGCCUACCUGUGCCGCCUGCAGGGCCUGGAACAGGAUGUCCUCCAGGCCAUUGACCGAGCCAUCGAGGCCGUGCACAAUACAGCUAUGCGGGAUGGUGGCAAGUACAGCCUGGAACAACGUGGAGUCCUCCAGAAGCUAAUCCACCACCGAAAAGAGACCCUGUCUCACAGAGGUCCCUCAUGUGCUGCAGCUAUGACCUCAUCCACCAGUGACCACCAUCUGGAUUCUGCUUCUGCCAGGCAGCCCAAUGGGGUGUGUCGAUCUGGGUUUGAGCGGCAGCACAGCCUGCCCACUUCUGAGCAUCUUGGGGCAGAUGGAGGCCUCUACCAGAUCCCACUACAGCCUUGCCGGGCAGCACCUGCCACACCUCCUCCACCUGUGAAAUGCCGAGACCCAGAGGCCCUGGCCUUGGGGAGGGGCAGCCGCAACACCAUGUCCAGUGGCUCCUCAAUUAACAGUACCUCCCUGGACACGUUCUGUACCAACUCCAGUCCAUCUGAGCUGGGCUCCAGCUGUUCGCCCACACCCCCACCUGUGCCCCGCCGGGGCACCCACACCACCGUAUCCCAAGCCCAGCCCCCUCCCUUCAAGGCACCAGUCCCUGAACCCCCCACAGAGGAAGUGGCAGUUGGCACAGCCUCAGCCCCUGAUGACCUGGAGGCCUUGGAUGCACUGAGCCUGGGGACCACAGAGGAAAAGGCAGUGGUUGAGACAGCUGUGCCAAGGACCAUUGGGGCAGAGCUGAUGGAACUUGUGCGAAGAAACACCGGCCUGAGCCAUGAGUUAUGCCGUGUGGCUAUCGGAGUUGUGGUGGGUCACAUCCAGGCCUCUGUGCCAGCCAGCGCACCUAUCAUGGAACAGGUCCUCCUCUUACUGGUAGAGGGCAAGGACCUGAGCACAGCCCUGCCCUCAGGGCAGGUCUGCCAUGACCAGCAGAGGCUGGAGGUGAUUUUUGCAGACCUGGCUCGGCGGAAGGAUGAUGCCCAGCAGCGCAGUUGGGCCCUGUAUGAGGACGAGGACGUCAUCCGCUGCUACCUGGAGGAGCUACUGCAUAUCCUGACUGAUGCAGACCCUGAAGUUUGCAAGAAAAUGUGCAAGAGAAAUGAAUUUGAGUCUGUCCUGGCCUUGGUGGCCUAUUACCAAAUGGAGCACCGAGCAUCACUUCGGCUGCUGCUCCUCAAGUGCUUCGGUGCCAUGUGUAGCCUGGAUGCAGCCAUUAUUUCCAUACUCGUGUCAUCUGUGCUGCCAGUGGAGCUGGCCAGGGAUAUGCAGACGGACACACAGGACCACCAGAAACUCUGUUACUCUGCCCUCGUCCUGGCCAUGGUCUUCUCCAUGGGGGAGGCAGUGCCCUACGCACACUAUGAACACCUGGGCACACCCUUUGCUCAAUUCCUGCUGAGCAUUGUUGAGGAUGGGCUGCCCUUGGAUACCACAGAGCAGCUGCCAGACCUCUGCGUGAACCUGCUUCUGGCUCUCAACUUGCACCUGCCAGCCCCUGAUCAGAAUGUCAUCAUGGCUGCUCUGAGCAAAUAUACCAAUGUCAAGAUCUUCUCUGAGAAGCUGCUGUUGCUCCUGAACAGAGGGGAUGACCCUGUGCGCAUCUUCAAACACGAGCCACAGCCACCACACUCUAUCCUCAAGUUCCUGCAGGAUGUGUUUGGCAGCCCCACCACAGCUGCCAUCUUCUACCACACAGACAUGAUGGCGCUCAUUGACAUCACUGUGCGGCACAUCGCGGACCUGUCCCCUGGAGACAAGCUGCGCAUGGAGUACCUCUCCCUGAUGCAUGCUGUGGUUCGUUCCACACCCUAUCUACAGCACCGUCACCGGCUACCUGACCUACAAGCCACACUGCGACGCAUCCUCACUGAAGAAGAGGCCUCGUCCCAGUGCCAGAUGGACCACAUGAUUGUUCGAGAGAUGUGCAAAGAAUUCCCUGUGCUAGGGGAGGCCCCCAGCUAGCACCUUCCUUUCCUCCUUUCCCUGCAGCCCCAGUCAGGGUGCAGGGUACUGGGGGUCUUGGCUCUAAGAAGGUUUUGCACUGACAAUGAGGGGAUAGGGUGGAGGAAGGGACCUGAGCAGGGCCCCCACCUGAAAUGGAGCUUAUGAAAGGGGCCAAGUAUAGGAUUGGGGAUCAUGGUCUAGGAGCUCUACCGGGGCAGGGAGAAUAUGUAAGCUUAAGUCCCUGCAUCCCCCAUAGGCUGCCUCUUCAGCAUGCUCCCCCUUCAUCCCAUUACCUACAUGCACACUUGGAGUCCUGCUGCUGCUCCAGGUGGGACCACAGCCCCCAUAGCCACCUCACCUGGUUUGUGUCCUGGGCCUCAGCAAGCCAUGUCCUUGGGGUGAGGGAGGCAUCUCCCACCAGCUCCGUUUUUUGCCUUAGCUUUGCAGUGAGUGCUACUCAUGUGCUCACCCACCCUUACAGUGGUCGCUGACCUUCACUCCCACCCCCAGGGGCCUUGGCCAAGUUGCUGCUUUGACAGCAGAAUCUUGGAGACAGGCCAUCCAUCUUGGCGCCUCACAGAACAGGAUGGUGGCACUAAGAAAGCCAACGACAGAAUCUACUUUCUCUGUAAAAAUGUAGACUGAAAAGCCAUGUGUAUUUUCCUAUGUGCUUCAGCUUUCCUUUGGAAAUAAAUCAGAGGCAUCUGGAAA